AUGCGUAAACAAGAUGGAAACGAUUGGAAAUUCGUUAGAAAAAAUGAUUAUCAAAGAUUGGAAACGGUCGUUGAAGAAUCAUCUAAAAUAAGUUCAGCUGAUUCUACUGAUAGUACAAACAUGAAAAGAAGUUACCUGGUACUCACUCAUCUCAUUAAGAAAUUUAGUUUAGAAUCAUUUAAAAAACCUAAAACAUAUUAUGAAAAAGACAUGCUACGAAAAACAAAUAAAGUACGAACACUUCUUAAAAGAAUGUCUUCACAUUUUGUAAAGUAA